GGACCCGGACCCGUCGCUGCACAUGGCGGAGCCGCCCAGGGACAUCUUCAGGCUGAGCCGUGAUUGGCUGUCGGUACAGGAAGUGGUGGACUCGGUCAGCAGCAGCCGCUGCGGCGCCGUCUCUGUGUUUAUAGGUGCGACCCGGGAGGACCAGGCGGAGGGCAGGAAGGUGAUUGGUCUGCAGUACGAGGCGUACGAGGCCAUGGUCCAAUCAGAGCUGAGCCGGCUGGCGGCGGCCCUGAGGGCCCGCUGGCCCUCGCUGCUGCACGUCUGCAUCCACCACCGCCUGGGGUGGGUGAAGGUGGGCGAGGCCAGCGUCGUCAUGGCGAUCUCCUCUCCGCACCGCCGGGACGGCCAGGAGGCCAUCCAGCACGCCGUCACCCAGCUGAAGGCCAGCGCCCCCAUCUGGAAGAAGGAGGUCUACGACACCCAGGAGUCGUCCUGGAAGGAGAACUCAGAGUGCAGCUGGUCACAGAGGGGAGGAGCUUCUGACUGACCCCUGACCCCUGACAGAAUGACCUGUGACCCCAGAGGAGCACCUGGUGGGCAGGUGUUCUAUUCCAACUGUGUAGUUAAAGUAAAAGCGACUCCUGCAGCUCAUUCCUGAUCUGGGUUUCUGGAUAGAGUGGCACUCUGUCCUCAUAGAGGAUCUUUGAUACGCUAAGAGUUCUCACUCCUUCUGGUUUUUGUUGCUGCUCCAUAUUUGGUCGUGACUUCCUGAUGUGUUCAAGUCCCACCAAUAAAAACGCAGAUUCUCAUUUU